AUGACCAAAGCAGUAGCCUGUAUAAGGAAGGGCUGGCUGCAUGUCAGAAACUCGAGCUACAUGCUACUAGACGUUCGAGUGCCACAGCAGUUCCAAAAGUGCCAUGUGACCGGGGCGGUCAAUUACCCGUACACGGUAGCGAGCAUCGGCCGUGCUGCCGAACCACGCGAGCUUAUAGCCUUCAAGCACCAGCCCACAAAGCCUAUCAUUUGUUACGACUUUGACGGCCACCACGCACCAGAUGUCGCAAGAACGCUGCUGCAACGAGGCUACAGAAAUUUCCAUGUAUUAAAUGGAGGUAAUUAUUCGCACAUAUGAAC